AUGUCUGGUAGUGAAGUGUCUGGUAGUGAUACAUCUGAAAGUGAUGUGUCUAAUAGGAUAAGAGUUAAUUUAGAUGCUUUAAACAUGGAUGCUAUAAAAGUAGAUGAACUGUGUGAUAGUGAUGAUUCUGGGAGGUUAGAUAGUGCACAUAAAUAUGACUCAGAUGGCCAAAAUUGGCCUGAGUUCAACCUAGAGAAUGACAUGAGUAAUCCUAAACUUAAGGCUGGAAUGUUAUUUAAGUCUAAAGACAGUCUAAAAGAAGCUGCCAAGCAGUAUGUCAGGCUAAACCCUACUGACCCUACUGACCAGACUUGGCAAAUUAGGAGUUCAAACCCUAACCAUACUUGUUCUAAAGUCUAUAAAAAUAGGAAUGUAACCUCAGCUUGGAUAGGUGAACAUUAUAAAGAAAAAUUCAUUGUUGAUCCUGAUUAUUCUCUGAAAUCAUUACAACAAGAUGUCAAAAGAGAUUUGUGUUGCAUAGUCUCACUAACCAAAUGUAGGAGGGCUAAACUUAGGGCAUUGGAAUUAAUUGAAGGAGCUCAUAAGGCUCAAUAUGAGAAGAUUUAUGAGUAUUUUUUGGAGUCAUGCAAAGAUGGCUAUAGGGCUAAUUGUAGGAGGAUAGUAGGUUUAGAUAGAUGUUUCUUGAAGGGUUACUAUGGUGGCUACUUGCUUACAGCUGUUGGGAUAGAUGCAAAUAAUGGCAUCUAUCCUCUUGCAUAUGCUGCUGUCGAAAGUGAAAACCAAGCAUUGGUUCUUGGAGUUGCUUGCAAUAGACUUGGAAAUUGUGAGCUCGUACCAGAUAUCGUUCAUAUGGUACUGGAAGCAAAAGGGAAACUUAUUCUGAACAUGAUAAAAACAAUAAGGACCAAGAUUAUGUUGCUUAUUGUCAAAAAUAAAGAAGAAGGUGACAAAUGGAAAGGAAUGUUGUGUCCAAAGAUCAAGAAAAAGCUGGAUGUAAAUAUAAAAGAUUCAUUGAGGUGUGUUCCAUCACAUGCUGGUGGGGACAAGUAUCAGGUUGAAUGUGGUCCACGCAGCCAGCAUGUGGUGGACUUAGUUGAGAAUUCCUGCUCUGCAGGAAUUGGGAUCUCACUGGCAUCCCUUGUCAAAAGACAUAAAGUUGGUGUCCCAACUCAGCAACAAGCUACCCCAAAUCAGCAAGAGAGUACCCCAACUCAACAGGCUGCCCCAACUCAGUUACAAAUUGCCCCAACUCUUCAAUAA